CAGGCGCGGCCCCGCCGAACCUCCCCGUUAAGGCGAUCAGGGAUCCAGCCUGGACCUGGGUGGAUUUUGAUUUUUUUUUUUUUACAUUUCUGUUCCUGUUUUUUGUUUCCAGUAAUGGAUGAAGCUGUUUUUAAUCAUCUUUGUCAACGCUGGGCGGACCCUAUUUUAAUCUCGGCUUGUUAUGUUGUGUGUGUGUGUGUUUGUGAGAGGUUGAACACCAGCCAGGAUCCGAGAACUGGUUUUCCUCCGCUGGAAGGGAAGACGCUCGGACUAAAACUGUAGUUGACUGAAAAACGCAAAGAAAAAAAAAACCGUCCAUGUUGCAGCUGGAGCCUGGGAAAUAUUUCAGUGAUGAGGAAAACACUGGGUUGUUUUUUUCUAUACGGGGCUCAUGCAUCAUUUUUAGUGUGGAAACGUCGGAUAUUGCACGGAGCCCAGCAACGUCUAGUUAUGACAGCUUUCUGUAUUUUCUACGCUGUGUGAGAGACUGCCGUGCUCUGUCAGGCAGCGGUGGACACAUGCCCGCGUAAAUUAGCGAGGAAAGGUGACCCAGAAGACGGGUUUUCAGUGCGGGCUGUGCCUAAAACACACAGCCGUUGUUUUGUUUUUUUUUGUGUGUAGAUCCCGGUGGAUUAAUGGCCAUGAACUGCAAGUGCCAUUGAAGAAUCCUCUCGUCAGACAUUAAGGGAGCUGUCUGGUCACGAUGCGCUGCUGUAUGGAGGGGGCAUCUUCUUGCAAACUCGGGCUGUAAUCAGGCUUUCACGCACAGGUCAUUUCAGCGAAGGCGCUCGCCCGGUUCGUCCGUCUUGCGGCUCCGACCGCAGUGCCGGCGCUCCGGCGGUUUCCAGUCCCGUGUCCAGUCCCGUGUCCAGUCCAGUGUCCAGUCCCGUGUCCAGUCCAGUCCGCGGCACUCCCGACCUGCCGGAUCGGCGCCGCGCCUCCUGCGAAGUUGCCCGGUAGCCCGGCAGCCUCAGGGACUGGCCGUGGGGCGGUCUUACUGUUGUCCCGGACUGUCUGAGGUGAAGAGCUCACGAUACAGUAACAACACGCGUUUGUAUGCUGCGUUAUUCAGUGCCAUAUCUGGAAAAGCUUCGGCUUUUUUCUUUAAAAAAAAAAAACCCCGAAUACAUUCCUUUAGCUUUCCAUAUCUUGGAAUUUUUAGAUGGUUUAUUCCCGCUUUUACUAUAUUUUUUAUUAGCUGGGCGGUUGUCCAGAAAGCUGGUAUUUCAGAGAACCGAGCUGGUCUCCCUGUCGACAGCUGUGAUCCGACUCGUCUCCGGUUCCGAGCGGCUCGGUCGUGUCGCGUCGCUUUAAAAAAAACUCGCUGCCACGUUUUCAGGAGAGCCGCCGUUUGUCGGGUUUUUUUUUUUAUGGUACUCGGCGAAAGGCUGACUUUUAACCGAGGAGGGGUUGAUAACACGCAGCUGGGGGCCUCUCCCGUGGCGGUCAGAUACGCGGCAGUGAACGGGAUUCCCACACGCUCCCUGUCCGCCGUGGGAUGGUGGCUCCUUCGUUCAGGAUGUGGGAAGAAGGAGGAUUGUAACACCGCGCCACCAGCCGUCAAGCACAAGGAAAGGGACUAUGAACCCGAGAUAAUGAUGAUGCUGGAUACUCAGAGCUCGACCCAGGAGAUUGGGGAGGAAGUGGAAGACGGGGCGAUCUACACCAUCACCCUCAGGAAGGUGCAGGUGCACCAGGCGGCCAGCAAGGGGCAGCGAUGGCUAGGGGUGGAGACAGAGUCGGCCCUGAGCUUGUACGAGACCUGUAAAGUGCGCACCAUCAAGGCAGGCACCCUGGAGAAGCUGGUGGAGUACAUGAUGUCGGCGUUCAGGGGCAACGACUCCACCUACGUCACCAUAUUCCUCUGCACCUACCGCUCGUUCGCCACUACUCAGCAAGUGCUGGACCUGCUGCUCAACAGGUAUGCCAAGCUGCACCAGCAGACCAGCGCAGAGGGCUCCAGACUGACCCAUGAUGACCGCACAGAGCUGAAGAACACUAUCUCAUCCAUCCUGGGGGCCUGGCUGGAUCAGUAUUCCGAGGAUUUCUGGAAGCCUCCGGAGUACUCCAGCCUGCGCCGCCUCAUCUCCUACCUGCACCUGAACUUCCCCGGCUCUGACCUGGAGAGGAGGGCCUGCAACCUGCUGGCCCAGUUUCACCGCCGGCAGCACUGUGAACCCGAGCAGGACGGGCUGGACCACAGCGCCUGCACCUUCACCAUGCUGGAGGAGAACGGCUUCGAUUACGAGCGCCCGGACUUCAUGUCCUUCCCGCCCCCGGUCGUGGCCGAACAGUUCACGCUGAUGGACGCGGAGCUCUUUAAGAAGGUGGUGCCCUAUCACUGCCUGGGCGGCAUCUGGUCUCAGCGGGACAAGAAGGGCAAGGAGCACCUGGCGCCCACCAUCCGUGCCACCGUGACCCAGUUCAACAGCGUGACCAACUGCGUCAUCGCCACCUGCCUGGGCGACAAGGCGCUCAAGCCCGCCCAGCGAGCCAAGGUGGUGGACAGGUGGAUCGAGGUGGCCAGGGAAUGCCGAAUCCUGAAGAAUUUCUCUUCCCUGAGGGCCAUCCUCUCGGCCCUGCAGUGCAACUCUGUUUACAGGCUAAGGAAGACGUGGGAGGAGGUCUCCAGGGAGAACUUCCGAAUCUUUCACGAGCUGUCGGAGAUCUUCUCGGAUGAGAACAACCAUUCCCUGAGCCGCGAGCUCCUCAUCAAGGAGGGAACCUCAAAAUUCGCCACCCUGGAGAUCAACCCCAAACGGGCACAGAAACGGCACCAGCAGCAGAGAGAGAUGGGCGUGAUGCAGGGCACUAUUCCCUACCUGGGCACCUUCCUGACGGACCUGGUCAUGAUGGACACCGCCAUGAAGGAUUUCCUGGACGGGGGAUUGAUCAAUUUUGAAAAAAGAAGGAAGGAGUUCGAGGUGAUCGCCCAGAUCAAGCUCCUGCAGUUGGCCUGCAACAACUACAACUUCACUCAGGACAGCCAGUUUGUCGAGUGGUUUUCCGGGGUGGAGAGACUCAGUGAGGCGGAGAGCUACAGCCUGUCCUGCGAGAUCGAGCCCCUGUCGGAGUCGGCCAGCAACACGCUGAAGGCCAAGAAGAACAGCGGCAUCAUCAAGCGCUGGAGCGACCGGCAGCCCGCCAGCGCCGAGGCCAGCAGCAGCGUGGGCAGCUGCCACUCCAAGUCCUUCGAGCAGCUGCGCUACGGGCCCUUCCCGGGGGGGGACGGGGGCGACUCGGUCAGCGUCACCUCCGCCGGCUCCAGCAGCUCGGACGUGGAGGAGAUCAACGUCAGCUUCGCCUCCGAGUCCCCGGACUCCCACGAGAAGAAGAACGCCACGCCCACAGUAAAACAUUCCAAUUCGGCCUUAGGCAGGGGAUGUGUGCUGGCAGAACCCGUGACCACGUUCUGGGAGUCGACGUCGCUGUCGUCUCUGGACACGUCGGGCAUGGGCUCGGGCUCGGGCUCCAGCAGCGCCUCGUCCUCCUCGGUGUCCUCGACCCCCGUGACCGCCUCGCGCUCCCACAAGCGCUCCGUCUCGGGCAUCUCCAGCUACUCGUCCCUCUCCCUGCCCCUCUACAACCAGCAGGUGGACGACUGCUGCAUCAUCCGCGUCAGCCUGGACGUCGACAACGGCAACAUGUACAAGAGCAUACUGGUGACCAGUCAGGACAAGACCCCGGCAGUGAUCCGAAAGGCCAUGGUGAAACACAACCUGGACCGCGACAGGCCGGAGGACUACGAGCUCCUGCAGAAGAUCUCGGAGGAGAAAGAGCUGAAGAUCCCCGAUAACGCCAACGUCUUCUACGCCAUGAACUCCUCGGCCAACUACGACUUCGUCCUGAAGAAACGGGGGUUCCCCAAGGGGAGCAGGCAGAAGCACGUGGCCAGCUCCACCCUGCCGCGCAUGAAGCAGAAAGGCCUGAAGAUCGCCAAGGGCAUCUUCUGAAGGCCCGGCCUCGCGUCGGAGAACCGCCAACAGUAUUUCACUCGGGGAGAAAAAACCACAAAGAGGGAAUCUCCACAGACUGUGCGAUGUGAAAGCGUGGUUCAUGGAGUCAGCGGGACGGCGCUGAUGGCGCGGGAGCUGGUGUCUUGACAGCCCUGGUGCCAGUGCUGCCGGUUCUCAACGGUCGCCGGGGACGACGACGACGACGACGAAGAUCACUGCCCUGUGUGUGGACGUGUUAACUGACGCUUUGUGGCAACCUGCUCCCUGGAGCAGCGCGGGCUGGGACAUGAAGGAUACGGGGUCUCCCGGAAAGGAGAGCGCCUCCGUUUUCCCGGGAUGUGCGAACAAAAAGACGUUUCUCCGCUUUCUCGCGCGAGCUGAAAGAGCGCGGCGUCUGUUUCGGAGGAGAAAGGGUCUGCUGUCCAGACCGUCCUCCGGCCCCUGUGGGGGCAGAGACGCUUUGUGAACCGCAGGGACAGUCAAGCCACUGACGCGUGGCUCCAUGAAGACACUUCGGACUCACUUCCUGAGUUUAUCAGGAGGGUUUCUCCAACACUAAGAAUCUUAUUCUUUAUAUCUAAGCUAAAGAACCACAUAACUUCUCAUAUUUUGGUAGAUUUUUACCAAACCCAGCCUAAGAGUAUCAGACCCAAAACGGUGAGACAGUUGAGCUUGAAAAGUGGCAAAGAUCUUCUAAGCCUUGUAUCAAUAACCACUACUGCGCCAGACAGGGCAGUACUGACCUUUGACCUGCCAGGGGCCCAGAAACGGAGCAGUCUCCUCUUGGUUCCAAGCUGUUGACAGAUACAUACUUUAUUUCCCAGGACUUUUAACUGCAGAUACGAGAGAAAAGAAAGAAUAUUCCAUUUUAAACAGUAUCCUUAGUACUUACCAACAAAAAAUAUGUCUGGGUUGCUUACGUGACGUUAAGCAAGGGCAUCAUAACAAAUCCUUUUUUUUGCUUUUGCUCUUCUCUUCUCCAAGUGGUGCUAACAGAUGUUUCGCAUCUGACCCAGGACCAGUCGCGUAGGCGCUGUGAAGCCUGCAGGGGUCGCUGUGUUUGCAGAGAGACUGCCCUGUGCUUUCCGAUGACGGUUGCGCAUGUAGGGAGCGCUGGGGGUCCGGGCGGAGUUCAGUGAGGACAAUCCGGAAGGUCUCGUUGGGGGCGCAUUUCCCUCCUCCUGCCACUAGAGGGAGCCCUUACGUUCAACAGCUCA